GAGAUUCAGAUAACGAUGAUUACAUGUCUUCGAAAUAUCUUACGGAGAUAUCAUCGUCUUCAACUACAGAACCAAAAACGUACUCAGAGCUCCGUCGUCAAAAGCUUUCUUCCAAGUCUGGUUAUAUAAAACCCCUGCGAGAACGGGAAAAGGAGAGUCGAGAACAAGGCCUUUCAAAGCGCAUAGAUGAUAAUACAGACUCACCAGGAUUAAAACUAUUAAAAAAAAUGGGGUAUGAAAUAGGAAAACCGUUGGGAAAGGAUUCUA